ACUGACUGGACCGACCGACGGUGUUGGGAAGGGAACUACGCGCGUAAUGCAUACUACGUGACUGGGAACGCAGUCUAGGGCGAGUCUGUCACCUCCUCGUUCCACGCUUCGUUCUCGGGCGACGCAAUUCCUUUGCACUUUCGACGACAAAAUUGUCAAUUUCUUGCAGGCCUUGCUCUGGAGUGCGAGAUUCGCCGAGACAUUUCACAUCGGCUCUGUCGACACGAGACCUCCGUCACUCAGAUUUGCGACAGGGGUCGCCUUUGUAUCCAAUUUUCUCUUUUGAGAAGAGGGUUGCUAAUAGUUCCACUCCAUCUUCGCACGAAUUAUGGGAGGAUCGAUUCUGGAAUAGGUGUAAGUGCUUUCCACCGUCUGCGAUAAGAAGAGGUCAAGAUGAGGCAGCUCAAAUUUCACGAGCAUAAACUGCUGAAGAAGGUCAAUUUUUUGGAAUGGAAGAAAGAUCAGAGCUUCCGGGAGACGAAAGUAAUGCGCCGGUAUCAUAUCACGGGUCGUGAAGACUAUCACAAGUACAACAAAAUGUGUGGCAUGGUCACCAAAUUAGUCAAUAUUAUCAAGAAGCUGGAUGCUAAGGAUCCUUUUCGCAUAGAAAUGACUGAACAACUUCUUGACAGAUUAUACAAUAUGGGUGUUAUACCAACGAAGAAGAGUCUCGCCUUGUGUGACAAGUUGUCAGUCUCUUCGUUCUGCCGAAGGAGGUUAGCAGUGGUAAUGAUGAGGUUAAAAUUUGCUGAAAACAUGAAAGAGGCUACAACUUUCAUAGAGCAGGGACACAUUCGUGUCGGCCCGGACACCAUUACGGAUCCAGCUUUCUUAGUAACAAGGAAUAUGGAGGACUUCGUGACGUGGGUAGAUACAUCGAAGAUCAAGAGGAAGGUCGCGGAGUACAACGACCAGCUAGAUGAUUACGAUCUUCUUAACUAGAUCGGAACAGUUUUUGUUAAUGCUGUUAAAUAGGCAAUAACUAUACGGUGACCUGAUCUUGUGGAGUCAUUGACGAUUGGAUUGGAAGUUUGCACUCAUCGGUUGUGAUGAUGGCAAAACAACUGGAGUGUGUGUUUCUGGUUCUUCUCCAUAAAGAUAUAAGCUGAACACGAGCCAGAUCGUGGCUGUUUAGUGUUCAACUUUGUAAAAGCGGGGGCUCUGUUGGUUUACUUCAUUUAGAAGGCCGAGAAUAGUGUAGUCAUUCUUGAUGUAGAGAUCUGAAACAGAGGGAAAGGUAAUAGGAAGGAAUGGCGCCUCAGUGGACCUUUUUCUCCGUCAGCUGCUGUGCUGUGCACACCUAGUGUUAGGCGACAGCUGCACAGUGGAUUGGUGCCUCCAGCAUAUUCACGGUUAAGAUUGUUCCUGGAUAUGUCUGGAGAUUAUCAGGUGUACAAUUUUGCGUUGAUAUAGAAGGAAGUCUCUUUCG